AUGACUACAGCUUUCACUGUCCUCUAUUGCCACGGCUAUGAAUCGUCUCCUGCAAAGUCGGCUGGUGUACUUGCAAUUGGUGACUGUGCUUCACCCCAUUUAGCUCUUCAUCUAGCUCGUCAGGCACUUCGAUUGUCUGAAAAUGUCACGAUAUAUACGCACGGAAACGAUGCCUUAGCUGAAGAAAUAGAAGCUGCAAAAGUUGCGUCAAAUCCGAAUGACAACUCCAAGUGUCGCAGUAAAAUCGAAAUCUGCAAUUACUCGAUUCAGAAAUUCAUUCCAAAUGAUGAUCCAUCGUCUGGUCUCACUGUUUCUUUUCACAAAAAUGGUGGGGCGGGGCCGGAAGAUCAUACACACGCAUUCCUGCUUCACAAACCAGUAACCGAGCAGACCAACGAUCUUGCUCAUCAACUCGGGAUCGAAUUAACCGAGCAAGGAGAUCUUAAGGUCACGGCGCCUUUCAACGAGACAAGUGUAAGAGGGGUGUUUGCAACUGGAGAUUGCGCGUCAAUGUUAAAGAAUGUUGUAGGUGCUAUGUAUAGUGGGACUUGCGCUGCUACUGGUGUUGGCUCUCAGAUUCAAGGAGAAGAUUGA